UGUUUUAUCAUAUUACACGAUAAAUCUGGUGGGGCUGCAUGCCUGCAUCCAACAUUCCAAGAUUUGAGUCAUGUAAUUUCUCUAUAACCAUUGUUAAUUAGCUGCCUAUUUCAAACCACAAAACUUUGCAGUUUUGAAGCUCUCUAUCAAUCUAUCUUUCUCAGCAUGGCUAUCAGCUUAAGUUUCAUUUUCGGGAUCUUAGGCAACAUAACCACCGGCCUGGUUUACCUUUCUCCUGCGAAAACGUUUUGGCAUAUAGUGGAGAGAAGAUCAACCGAGUUGUUUGAGAGCCUUCCAUACGUAUGCAAAUUGUUAAACGCAUACUGUUGGGUUUGGUAUGGAAUUGUGAAGCCUAACAGUGUGCUUGUGGCCACUGUCAAUGGAUUUGGAGGGGUCUUGGAGAUCAUUUAUGUCACCAUAUUUCUAAUAUUUGCUUCUCCAAGAAUGAGGGAUCAAACUGCCAUACUAGCUGGAGUUUUAGAUGUGGCGUUUCCUGCUGCUGCAGUGUUAAUUACUCAGUUGAUGUUCGAUAGAGAAGUGCAAAUCAAGGUUUCAGGGUUCUUGUCAGUGGUCUUUAGCAUGGCCACUUACGGUUCACCUCUUUCAGCCAUGAAAACAGUGGUGGUGACUAAGAGUGUGGAGUACAUGCCUUUUCUUCUCUCAUUUAUCCUCUUCAUUAAUGGAGCGGUUUGGACUGUCUAUGCCGUGAUCACGAAAGAUCUUUUCAUUGGAAUUCCAAAUGGGACUGGAUUUGUUCUUGGCACAGCUCAGUUGAUUCUCUAUGCAAUAUACUGGAAACCGAAGUCAUCCAAGAGAAAUUCAUCCAACGAUUUGGAAGAUGGAUGGCAGCAGGAGCCACUCAUUUCCACUGAUAAUCAAGCUACAAAGAGCCAAGACGAAUAAAAGCCACUGAAAACAAGUAUUAGUUAAUUAACUUCAUCGGUAUCUGAGAGAUCAACUAUAAACCCUGAUUUACGACUUGUAUCGCUUUAUAUUUUGUUGUUUUUCAUCUCAUCCUGUCCGUUCAUGCACUCGUAUAAAAGAGUGAAGUGGGGUAUAUAUGUAUCUUUCAAUAUUGGAGGAAUAAUUUAAACGAAAUAGAGACAAACAACAAGAACAA